AUGGCAGGGCGCACGCCGACAUCGUCGACGAGGACGGUGGCGACGAGGUCUACGUGCACCCCAGUCAUACAGCACGGCUCGCACGUGUUCGAUAUCAUGGGGUACAGCGUACACAAGGCCAUGGGCAGCGGUCUGUCCAUCUCGUCCGGCAUCUUCUCCGUCGGCGGCCAUGACUGGAGCAUCGUCUUCUUCCCCAACAACCCCAUCUACAGCGUCGACGACGGAGGAGGAGCCGUCCAGCCCUGCAUCUCGGUCUACCUAGCUCUCAUGAGCAAGGGCGCCAAGGUAUUGGCCUCCUGCGACCUCGGCCUGGUCGACCACACCACCGGGCUGCCGUCGUCCUUCCACAGGACACCGGAGCCGAGGGAGUUCCGGUACGGCGACGGCAGCAUGUACUUCCCGCAGACGACGGCGGCGGCCUUCAUGGACUCCGCCCAGCUCGAGGCGUCCGCCUACCUCCACGACGACCGCCUCACCAUCCACUGCGACAUCGCCGUCAUCAAGAAACCAAGCGUGUUCACCGGGAACACGUUCGCGGGCAGGCUCGAGGCGCCGCCGCCGCCCAACAUCACGGAGCACCUUGCAAAGCUGCUGGAAACGGGAGAGGGCGCAGAUGUCACUUUCGUCGUCGGCGGCGAGACGUUCGUCGCGCACAAGUUCUUGCUCGCGGCGCGGUCGCCGGUGCUGAGGGCGGAGCUGUGUGGGCCGAUGAGGGAGGCGGCGACGCAGCAUGUCACCGUCGACGACGUGCAGCCUGAUGUCUUUAGGGCACUGCUGCAUUUCAUCUACACCGACUCCCUGCCGCCGGAUAGGGGUGAUACUGACAACCGGAUGAUCCAGCAUCUGCUUGUGGCUGCAAAUAGGUACGAUGUGGAGAGACUGAAACUGAUAUGCCAGGGCAUCCUCUGUGACAAUCUUGAUCCGGGGAACGUGGCGACCACGUUGGCUUUAGCUUAUCAUUAUAACUGUCCUAAGCUGAAAAAUUUAUGUUUUCAGCUUAUCACUGAUCCAAAUACCAUGGAAGCAGUCAAGGCAACCCCAGGUUAUAAGGAUCUCAAGACGAACUACCCUUGUAUCCUAGCAGAUGCACUUGAGUUCAAGACCAGUAAUAAUUUGCGUAAAAAGUGA